CUCAGCAUGCCACAGGGCUUGGCUGUCCCCUUGCUCCUACUGAUCCUCCAGGGAGGCUGUGGCUGCCCAAACCUCACGUGCUACACAGACUACCUCCAGACCAUCACCUGUUUGGUGGAGACAUGGGGUCUCCAUCCUGCCACACUCACUGUCACCUGGGAAGAUGAGUUCGAAGAACUGGAGGACGAGGUUACCUCCUGCAGCCAGCACUGUUCCGGCCACAAUGCCACACAUGCACAGUGCACGUGCCGCAUGCCUGUGAUUGACUUCAUGCCCGACGACAUGUUCAGUGUCAACGUGACAGACCCUCUCGGCAACAACUCCCAGAAGUGCGGCAACUUUGUUCUGGCUCACAGCAUCAAGCCAGCUCCUCCUUUCAAUGUGACCGUGACCUUCUCAGGACACUAUAAUGUCUCCUGGUGCUCGCAUUAUGAAGACUCUGCCUCCUACGUGCUACGGGGCAAACUGCAGUAUGAGCUUCAGUACCGGAACCUAGGGGACCCCUUGUCUCUGAGUCCGGUGACCAAGCUGAUCUCAGUGGACACAAACCAUGCCUCUCUCCUUCCUGGGGAAUUCCGCAAAGACUCCAACUACCAGCUGAGGGUGCGGGCAGCAACCCAGCCAGCAUAUUUCCAGGGGACCUGGAGUGAGUGGAGUGACCCAGUCAUCUUUCAGACCCAAGCUGAGGAGCACCGAGCAGGCUGGGACCCUCACCUGUUGCUACUCUUCCUGGUUGGCUUGGCUCCCAUUCUGGCCUUCUUGGGCCUGAAGAUCCACCUGCCUUGGAGGCUGUGGAAGACAGUGUGGGCACCAGUGCCCAGCCCAAAGCGCUUCUUUCAGCCCCUAUACAUGGACAAUGAUGGGAACUUCAAGAAAUGGGUGGGCACCCCUUUCACAGCCUCCAGCCUGGAGCUGGCACCCUGGAGUCCUGUGAUACAUUCAGACCUGCAGAUGUGUGAUAACUGUCAGUCCCUGAGUCCAGUCAAGGGCCUGAAGCCUCCGGAGGCACCAGAGCCGGUAGAGCAGCUGGAGUGUGAUGGAGUCUGUGAGCCUGGCUACUGGGGCCCAGCCCCCUCCGCAGCUGGCAGCCCAGGGUGCUCAGCCUACACCAAGGAGAGGGACCGGCCGUAUGGCCUGGUGUCCAUUGACACAGUGACUGUGGGGGAUGCAGAGGGUCUAUGUGUCUGGCCCUGCAGCUAUGGGGAUGAAGGCUACCCAUCCCUGAUCCUGGAUGCUGGCCUGGAGCCCAGCCACAGCCAGAAGGACCUGUUCUCAGUCUCUGGAACUAUGUUCCUGUCCUAUGGCUGUGUCUCAGGCAGUGGUCCUGGGCUGGUAGGACCCUCAGGCAGCCUCCUAGACAGGCUGAGGCAGCCCCUCUCUGAGGAGGAAGACUGGGCUGUGGGGCCACCCUGGGAAAGCAGGUCCCUGAGAGGGGUCUCUGAAAGUGAGGCAGGCUCACCACCUGGUCUGGACAUGGACACCUUUGACAGUGGUUUUGUGGGCUCAGAUUGCGGCAGCCCUGUAGAGUGCGACUUCACUGGACUCCACAAUGAAGAGCCACCUCGGAGCUAUAUCCGCCAGUGGGUGGUCAGGACCCCUCCAUCUAUGGACACUGUGCCCCAGGCCAACUAGCCAUACUGACUGGCGAUGUGAUGUAAAGAAGCCAGCAGCCUGUGGUCUCCAGGUGGUCCUCUGAGCCCAAUGUGUACAGUGCAUAUGUGCAUGUGAGUGUGUACAUGUGUGUGUGUAUGCAUAUGAGUAGGUACAGCUUUGAUGCAUUGGCCUAUUCACACGUGUGAGUAGCAAUGUUCCUCAUGGACUUAGGCCUCAGCUGCUUCCCCUGUGACCAUGUGGGUGGCCGCAGUCAGCUUUCAAGCAAAUGUCAGGCUGCUUCCUGGGACACUCACGACAGAUGCCAAACCUCAUCUCUGAGACCCCAUUUCUCCAUGCCCAAGAAGUCUAGGCUGUAAUUAUUGCUGUUCCUCAGGGAAGGAACAGAAAACUUUGGGGUCCUAGUGGUAUAGGUCAGAGUCCUAGCUUUGAUAGCUCCUGGUUGUCUAACCUGGAGCAAGUCCACCUCACUGGACAGCAGCAUUGGCAUGGCCUGCUCUGGCUCAGGCAGGCAUGGUCUCUGUCACAUCAGCCCUCUGUCUUCCUGUCUUCUGUGGGCUUCCAGGACUGGGUGCAUGCCCAGAGUGGGUGGAGGUAAGCAGCGGCCCAUACAGACAGCCUGGGCACCUGUGGGGCAUCCCCCUCAUGCCUAGGGCACCUGGGGGUCUCCAGACUUGUUCCCACUCAGCCUUGUC